AUGGCGGGAGACACCGACUUAGGUCUAAGUCAAACCGACAAAAAGUGCGAGUUAUGUUGCGAUAGCAUUAGAAAAUCGUCAACUUCUGCAAAUAGAAGCCCGUCAGAAAAUUGUCAGUUCGAAUAUUUUGAGGACAGCGAUGAUUCUUGUCGAGAUCCGGAUUUCAUUCCAUCGGAUCAUACAUCGGAUGAAGAAAUCGAAAGUGUCAGUUUAUCAGCCAGCGUCGCCUAUGAGACAGAAAUGAAUUCACCUCGAGAAGCCAAUGAACGGACGGCAACCAAAACACCCCAGAGGAAAGCAACCAAGUAACACGUCGGGAGAAUAUGACUUAACAGAAGGUAGAAAACUCAGUAGAAAGCGCAAACGGCAACCAGAAACUUGGAAGAUGAACGUAAAUAAAGCAUUAUGUCAAUCAGGUCAGGAAUACAAAAAUGUAAAAGGAACAAAUCGAAGGGGUAGAAAUUUAAAAACCGUGAAAAAUUGUGAAAGCAGCUGUAAAUUCUCUUGUGCAAAAAAAAUAAGUUUGUAUGAGAGAGAAAACAUAUUCAAAGGGUUUUGGGGUUUACCAAAUGAUUCUAAGUGGCAUUUUUAUGCAAAAAACACUGAAAGAAUCGACCAAGCAAGAACACAGACUUCCAGGGAGAACUCGCGUCGAAAAUAUACCUUCAAAUACCAUUUUCAUGUAGCCAAUGACAAAAUUCGUGAAUGCAAGACCUUCUUUUUAUCUACUUUGGACAUAAGCCAGCAAAGAAUUAAUCAUUUCCACGAGAAAAAAAAGGACGAACUAACAGGUAUCCCAUCAUCAUCACAACAAGGUCGUCAUACUAAAAAAAACAUAAGCGCUACCAGUAAAGACAACGUUCGCCUACAUAUAAGCCAAC